AAUAAACCCAACAAAAGUGGUGAACACAGUGUAUGGACAGCGAACCAUACAAGAAAUUUAUCUAAUCGAUGACAGUUGUAGCUUCCACCCGAUAUGUUUAACUCUGUGGGGUGCUUUGGUACAAGAUAUUAGUGAAAAAUUGUCUGAAGUUACUGGAAACAACCCAAUAAUAAUGGAAACAAAGAUGAUUGUUCAAACUAAGAGAGGACUGUCGUUGUCAAGCCGUGAAUCAAGUACAAUCGAAAUCAAUCCUGACAAUUACGAAGCAACUACUCUUCAUCAAUGGGCUGAAAAUAACAAAGCAGACAUAAAUAAUAUUACUAUUCAAGCACCUACAUCUCAGUAUUCUCCAAAUUCAUCUGCUGCAAAACGAGAAUAUGUUAAGAACAACGAAGUUACCGAUUUGGUAAAGCAAUUAAAACCAACUCAGAAAGCAUAUUAUUGGAUUGAAGCUGAAAUCAUAUUAAAAAAUAUCAACCAAGAUUUUUAUUACAUGUCGUGUGAUUUUUGUAAUAAGAAACUUAUGUUCUAAAACGACAACGAAGAAACAGAUUGUGAAAAUCCAAAAUGCAGAAAAAGAUGUCUUCCUACACCACGGUAAGCACAUUAUAACUAAAUUAAUAUUUGAACUUCUUGCAUAUUCAUACUAACCGUUACAUAUUCUGUAUAAAUUAUUAGUGCAAGGACAUAUGUACAACUCGACGAUGGUACAGAGUUGCUAGAUGCUGUGAUGUUGCAGAAAACAUAUUCUCAUGUACUGCAGUUCAAUUAAGAUCAUAUUCGGACGAGGGAAC